AUGAUAUCGUGUCGAUACGUGUUUAAUCUUUCGGUAAUUGAAAAUUAUUUAUCUCAACAUUCAGAAAUAUCAGCAAUUGAGUUUAUUGAUUCCACGAUCAAUUUUUCUCCGAUAAAUACCUUCAACUCAUCGGUGUUUAAGCACUAUGAUUUUCUUAUUAUUCACAAAACAAAAUUUAUUUUAAACGAAAAUGUUAAAUGUCCAAUUGAUGCUUUUGAAAAUCUAUUCUAUUUACAUAUUGCUGAUUGUUCAACUGAUUCAUUUGACAAAUUUUUUGCACAAUGUUCAAUUAUGCAACGUUUACAUAUUCUUCUUCUUGAUCGAACAUACUGGGGUAAUGAACAAGUAUUUAUUCGACAGUUUCCUAAUUUACAUAUGUUUCGGCUAAGUUUUACGAUUAUUUCUCAUCCAAUUAAUGGGUCAUUCAUACAAUCGUUUUCACAUUUGAACGAUUUUGCAUUAGCUGUUAAUGAUGAUUGUCAUCGAUGUGAUUACGAUUGGAUCAAAUAUCUCGCAAGAAAUAUUAGCUUGAAUAAAGUAGAUCAACUUCAUAUCAGUACAAAAUCGGGUUGUAUGGAUUGGAGCAUUAACAAAUUUCUGUCAUGGAAAAAUGCACCUCUAUGUGGCACGUGUUCAUUACGAUAUAAUGUGAAUAGUACAAUAUGUCCAUUGGAAGAUGGAAUUACCGAGCACUACUGUAAAGGAUAUUAUGGACAUCGGGCGAUUUUUGAACAAUGGAAUCAGCUAAGUAUUUCAAAAACUACAAUUAAACCAACAACAUUUUAUACACAACCGCAGCAUGAACGACUAGCUAUCAUGAAGCCAUCCUUUACUUUUACAACUCAACCGCUUACAACAACAACAAUAAUUGAACAUAUUACAAAAAGUUAUGCUCCUAAACGUGUCACUAGACAAAAUAAAUUUACAACUACAGUGGUAAGAAAAACACAUAAUAGAUGUUGA